AUGUUGGAAGGUAAAUUUGAUGAAGCUUCAUUAUUAAAAAAGAUUGUUGAUGCUAUUAAAGAUAGUGUCAAAUUAUGUAACUUUAACUGUACUGAACACGGUUUAACUGUUCAAGCUGUUGAUGAUUCCAGAGUUUUAUUAGUAUCCUUAUUAGUUGGACAAUCAGCAUUCAGUGAAUAUAGAUGUGACAGAGAUAUUACUUUAGGUAUUGAUUUAGAAAGUUUCAGUAAAAUUUUAAGAUGUGGUAACAAUGAAGAUUUCUUAACUUUAUUAGCUGAAGACAAACCAGACAAUGUUAUGACCAUUUUUGAAGAUAAAAAGAAAGAAAGAGUAAGUGAAUAUUCAUUAAAAUUAAUGGAUAUUGAUAGUGAAUUUUUAAACAUUGAUGAUAUGGAAUAUGACUCUGUCAUUACUAUGCCAUCACCAGAAUUUGCUAAAAUCGUCAAAGAUUUAAAGAAUUUGAGUGAAUCAUUAAAUGUUGUUGUUACUAAAGAUUCAGUUAAAUUCUCAAGUGAAGGUGAAAAUGGUUCAGGUUCAGUGAUAUUAAAAUCUUAUAGUGAUAUGGAUCGUCCAGAAGAAAGUAUUAAUAUCAACUUAGAAAAUCCUGUUGAUUUAACUUUUGGUUUAAAAUACUUAAAUGAUAUCAUUAAAGCUACUUCUUUAGCUUCUUCAAUUACCAUCAAAUUAGCUGAUAAAACUCCUGCUUUAUUCGAAUAUAAAUUAGAUGCUGGUGGUUACUUAAGAUUCUAUUUAGCUCCAAAAUUCGAUGAAGAAGAUUAA